AUCAUUGAGACUGUAUACUCACGGGGUUCAGAUCAAGUUCUCAAGACAUUCCUGCCAGACGUACUGAAUUGCGUCCCAUCGUUGCCAAAGCUACUACGCAUCCAAGCGAAGAUUUCGUUCCUCCUGGGCUAUAAAUCGUCUUUGUAAGAAACAAUAGAAACGGCCGACCUCUGUGGUUCUCGACAUUGUUGUUGCUUGUUGCUAGUGUCGCAUCCUCCGCUCCAUCGCGAACCUCCUCGAAAAGACCCACACCCACUCGAGACGAACUGUAUGCAACCGGUCAACACACGGGCAUCAGGCACCCUGUGGCUCACCCUUUUCGUUGCUACCUCGCUGUGGCUGCAUCAAAGUUAUGGCCAAGACAAAAACGCUUAUCAUUUCAGGCCCGAUGGAUGCUAAACACAUCGGUGGCGUGAACGUGCUGGGCGAUAGCGGCUCGAACCUCGACAACUACUUUCCUAGCACUGCGAUAGUGCCGGAUGAGCGACCCUCGCAUACCUUUGUUGCUAUUGGAAGGACUGAAGUACCAAGGCGGUCAGAUACCGUUGCUGGCACGCUACGACGACCGAGUGUUUCCUUGACCAGAGGCCUGUCUAGAUUGAGGCGCAGCUCAUCUUCGCAUCAUACUGAAGUAGCGCGCGGAGCUGGCGGAGAGCAACAGGUGCAUAGUCAAAUGGAGAAUUCCAACAAUGCAGGCAGGCCCUUACGGAUGCAGUCGAGCAUGUCGAAAUUACGGCAGAGGGUUGGACUAGAUCGCGAACUAUACGAUACAACGCCAAUAUCAAAGACGCCCACUCCUGAACCAAGACCUAUACCAGAGCCGAUGCGAAAAGAUCACUUGCCACUGCAAGAAACAAGGACACUGGCGCGUCUCACCACGACCUCUUCCAUCUACUCGACCCCAGAUCUCGAUUCUCCGAAAACAAGGACCCCACACAGACAACAACCUAUCAUUGUUCAGCGAAGACCUCCGCCCUUCGAACAUCAGCUCCCAACCAUGAAUACGCAACUACCCGCGAGAUCGAAGCGCGCAGAUUCGGGUACUGCAAUAGACUUCAAAGACGUGCCUGUGCAGGAGCGGCCAAUCCCUUUCAAGGAGAUAAUGGCAACUCCAACUCUUGCUGAGCGUAUGGCCAUGUAUAAGAAGACGCGCGAGUACUGGGCGCAUGCAGAUCACGGUUUGGUAGCAUGGACGGAGCGUGCCGCGGGACCGAAGGUAGCCACUGCUGGACUUUGAACGGGGAUACCUGUUGGUUCCGAUGUCUUGACAUUUUUAUAGCUUAGCAUGUGUCUUCAUGAACGAUAUCCUAGUAACGUUUGGGGUGGUCAUCCAUCCAUAAUUUACAACUGGCGCCGGGCGCCUUACU